AGUGCUCCUGCUCAGGAAAUAGACAUGGACGACGAGCGAUUGCAAUUGAUUGCGUUUUGUUUCACCUGCGGAUGGCCACGGUUCCUGGUCUGGUUGACAAACGACCAAGCUCGUCGAGGUUUCGCGCAUCACGGUUGCUGCGCCGGACCGGAAAAACCGCGAAACGGCCCAAUGGUUUACGAUGACGUCGGUGGUCGAACGGGUCCCAGACCCGCAGCCUUUACGGAUUGCGGUUCGCAAACGGACCCCGUCUCCGUCACCGUUCCAGUGGCCAACCGCGACUUUGGGUGUGGCAACUCCUGCGUAACGUUCGUUGACGUGUGCACGCAAAUUUACCCGUCCGCCAGGGAAGUCGCGUCCGACGUCAACGAAUCUAACGAGGAGACGCAUUCCGCAUCGUUUUGCGAAACGGUUGACUCGGUGACGAGUGACCGCGUGAUGGUAGAACAAGUCAGUCCGUUCGAUGACGACGAAGACGAAAUCGUCCCCUACGUUCUACCUAAAAUGGAUGAAAAUCGCGCAAAAGAAUUGAACGUCACCUACAAACUGUGGGAAAAUCGGUUUUCACAAUUUUCAAAAUUCAACGACGGCAUCAUGGCAGACCCAUCGACCCUUUACUCCGGGCCUCCAGAAGUUUUGGCAAAACUGAUGGCUUCCCGGUGUAAGUCGCUGGGUACUGUGAUAGACCCGUUUUGCGGUUCCGGUGCGAUCGCGAUCCAACUGGCCAUGGUCUGCCACAAAGUCAUUGCGAUGGACAGUGACCCGGUCAAAAUCGCGUUCGCCCGAAACAAUGCUCGUGUGUACGGGGUCGAAGAGCGAAUCGUCUUCCUGGUGGGUGACUUCUUUGUCGAUGCCCAUUCGCUGCAGAGGGCAGACGGCAUCGUCAUGUCACCACCAGUGAACAUGACUAAAGAAGAAAUGGCAAAGUUAACCAAAUUGGCAAAUAGGGUAGCGCCGAAAGUUUUAAUGAGGUUAACGAAGGACCAUGAAUUGUCAGAUCUGUACCAAUUGGGGAAUAAAAUAUUUAAUAAAAUUAAUACAGAAAAAAUAUGUAUUGACAGGGAGCCAAAUUAAUUUUGGCUUUCCUAGGUCCUGGAAUGAAUACAAAUAAUUAUAACAGAAACUUAGACAGGAUACAAAAGAAAGUGCUUUUGUUUUCUGAUGGAGUAGCUGUUAAUCGUCGUGUGCAUUGGAUAAGAGGAAAUAAUUUUUUUGCAUACGACGAUUACCUCAAAAACGUUGAAGGAUUCCUGAAGAGCCAAAAUCUCAACUGACAGACGAUUCCUCAACACAACCGGAAGAAUAUAAUGCAAU